UUUGAAGUCAGUCCAACCAGCCUCCUGCUGCCUGGGACAUCUUUGGAGUGAGGACCACGUUUCAGGGUGACCAUGGGGACUCCUGCCCAUGCUACCAUUACAAGAUGGCUGUUCUGGGUGCCCAUGGUGUGCUGCCUGGCAGGAGACCAGCUGCAGAGAGACCCGACCCUGGACCACCACUGGGAUCUCUGGAAGAAAUUCCAUGGCAAACAAUACAAGGAGAAGAAUGAAGAAGAAGCCCGACGCCUCAUCUGGGAAAAGAAUCUGAAACUUGUGAUGCUUCACAAUCUAGAAUAUUCUUUGGAAAUGCAUUCAUAUAGCCUGGGCAUGAACCAUAUGGGAGACAUGACCAGUGAAGAGGUCCUUGGUCAGAUGAGACCCCUGAGAGUUCCCAGCCAGCGGCAUAGAAACAGCACCUACAAGUCAAACCCUAAUCAGAAACUGCCCGAUUCUAUGGACUGGCGAGAGAAGGGGUGUGUCACGGAAGUGAAAUACCAGGGUUCUUGUGGGUCCUGUUGGGCUUUCAGUGCCGUAGGGGCCCUGGAGGCGCAGCUGAAGCUGAAAACAGGGAAGCUGGUGUCUCUCAGCGCACAGAACCUGGUGGAUUGCUCUACCGAAGAAAAAUACGGGAAUAAAGGCUGCGAUGGUGGCUUCAUGACAAGGGCUUUUCAGUACAUCAUCGAUAAUGGUGGCAUUGACUCAGAUGCUUCCUAUCCCUACAAAGCCGUGGCUGAAAAAUGUCACUAUGACUCAAAAAGUCGAGCUGCCACAUGUUCAAGGUAUAUGGAGCUCCCUUCGGGUGAUGAAGAGGCGCUGAAAGAAGCUGUGGCUAAUAAAGGACCUGUGUCUGUGGGCAUUGAUGCCAGCCAUCCUUCCUUCUUCCUCUACAAAAGUGGUGUCUAUGAUGAGCCCUCCUGUACUGAGAACGUAAACCAUGGUGUACUAGUGGUUGGCUAUGGGAACCUUGAUGGGAAAGACUACUGGCUUGUGAAAAACAGCUGGGGCCUUCACUUUGGUGAUCAAGGAUAUAUUCGGAUGGCAAGAAAUAAUAAAAAUCAAUGUGGGAUUGCUAGCUAUGGCUCUUACCCAGAAAUCUAAACAAGGUCUUCUCUUUCUAACAAGCCAUGAAGAUGAAAUGCACUCUCUUAAUUUAAUUUCACCUGCUCUGUCCCGAAGAAACAAAUGUGUCAUGACCAAUUUGUAUUUAAUGUUCUAACUAGGUUAUAGUUCGUUCACUUUACAACUUUCUCUCUGAAAAGUCUGCGAACAAGAAUGUACUGUAGAUGGAACUCUAUCAGAGUCCAUUCCUGGGAUAUUCAUGUUUGUUCUUUCUACCCCUUACACCUUGCUAUCUUUAUGUUUUCUAAUAACCAUAAUAUCCAUGAAGUGCUUAAUAAAUCAGUCAUUUCAAAUCUC